AUGAGGAAUAUAAAGAAGCGUUGCGUAAAUUUGGAGACUCGAGUUGCAACAACUCCUAUCGACGUAUCCCAUGAGGCCACCAAAAGUAUCUACUCGUAUACUUAUCUCGUCUCUGCAACUUACCCGUUCAAGGAUCAAGUCAAGUUACAAGAGAAGCUGAUUGAGGGAAAAAAUGGGUGUGGGAAUCUUGACUAUGGUAUUGAAUCAUGUACGACCGGGAGAAUUAUCGGUCUAAUUGAGGUCAAAAAAGAUGACUUUAAGCAGGGUUUCGCAGAAGCUAUCGUACAAUUGGAUUCAUCACUAGGUCGUAAGCGCAAAGCAAAUGAAAUGGAUGAUGGACAUGGGUUUGACAAAGUAUGGGGGAUCGUAACAGAUGCGGAGAAAUGGUACUUUCAUGGAAUGUACGCAAGACGCUGA